GAUGUCUGUUGAAAUCAGACUGACUCCUGAUAACUUUACAACUAAUGGACAGUAUCAUUUCACUCUUCCUACUCCAUUAAAUGUCUCCAGUGGAUACAGGAUUGGUGUAUAUCAACCUCCUGAUGACAGAAGUGUUGUUAGAUUCCAUUAUAUGAACCUUCCUACUAAUAUUGAUGGAACAGGAAAAAUACAAUCAGAUAAGAUUAAUGAUACUGACAUUAAAAUAUCAGGAGGCAUGAACAGAGAUGUUGAAUACAAAUCAUGGAAUAUACUAAUAUAUCCGAUAGUACAGAAUACAAGUUGCUACACUCAACUUUUGCCACCAGAGAGCAUAAUGGCACCCUAUUCUAUUACUAAUUCAAUAUUCAUUUCUGAUACUAGAAUAUUUCCUGAUAUAAGGUUCACAUGUCAUGGUAUUAUUACUAACUGGAUAGUUAAUAUUCUUGCACAAUUUAUGCCAGUAAUUAAAAUAAAACAUUCAAAUAAUCUCACUACUACAGCAGCAACAUUGAACACUAGUGCUAGUAAUGCUGUUACCAUAACUUCUCUUUUAUAUAAUUUUACUAUGAGCAAUGAGAUAACAGUACAGCCUGGUGAUAUACUGAUGAUUGAAAGUAAUGCUACAAAUUAUAUGUUCUAUCAACAAUACAAUGGACCACACAAUUACAGACUGGGGGACAACAAUGAGUUAAUUGUAUUAGAUACCAAUGACUAUCCACUCAUCUCAGUUGUAGUAGAGCCUUUCACAAAUACAGCUACUUCAACAAUCAGUAGUACACAUAUUAAUACUGUCACUACUGUGCUUCCAUCAUCAAGCAUACACUCCACAGCUACUGUAACAAUGGAAUCAAUGGAAUAUACUAAAACUAACUCAAUAUUAAGUAACAGUCUAUCAUUGAUUAUAGGUACUACAUCAGUGAUGAGUACACCAGUUAGUACAUUACAAAGUACAGGGAGUAAUACACUAAUACUAGCAGGAAGUAUUAGUACAGCAGUAUUUAUAUUACUGGUAGUUGCUAUACUAGCAAUAUUAAUAGUGAGUGUAUUAGUGUGUAGGAAAAUAUGGUACAGAACAUCAAAUGGAAAUGAUACUUUCAGUUCUGAUGAAAGAAAAGCUGAUAUAAAUCAACAAUCAAAUGCACCAAAUAUGGAAAAUACACUAUUAGCAUCAACUAAUCCUGCCUAUGGAGUUACUGGGGAAAACUGUAAUACUGAUGUAUCUACUAAUCCUGCUUAUGGUAUUACUGAAAAAUCUGGUGUAUCUGCUAAUCCUGCCUAUGGUAUUAACACUGGAGGAGGAAUAGAAAGUAUCAAUGAAGAAGCAUUAGUAUAUGAUGAACCAAGAACAAUGAUGUACAAUGAACAAAAGGUUACAAUAAUGCAAAAUGAAGCGUAUGGACAAUUAUAAAGGAAUUACAAACUACAUCAUCUACAUUGACAUAAUUUAAAUUAA